AUGUCUGAGUAUGGAUUGUCAGUACGAAUGUACUACACAGACAUUACAGAUGAGGAACUCAGACAAGUUGUAUGUGACUUCAUCACAGAAUGUCCUGAUUCUGGAAUAAAGCGAGUCACUGGAUACCUCAACAGUGUUGGACUAAGGGUGCAGAGGUGCCGAGUAAUGGAAACACUACGGACUGUAGAUCCUGUGGGCACUGUAUGUCGUGGACUUGGAAUCAACAUUAUUCAGAGAAGAGUAUACUCUGUUCCAGCACCCAUGGCUUUAUGGCAUAUUGACGGAAACCAUAAGUUGAUUCGAUGGAGAGUUGUGAUCCAUGGGGGAAUAGAUGGGUACAGUAGAAAAAUCAUGUACCUGCAUGCAAGUGACAACAAUAGAGCCUCGACUGUUCUGUCUUCAUUUGUUGGUGCUGUGCAGCUUUUUGGGGUACCUAAAAGAGUUCGUAGUGAUAAAGGUGGAGAGAAUGUUGAGGUGGCACGCUUUAUGCUUGAACAUCCAGAUAGAGGAACAGAAAGUUUCAUUACUGGACGCAGCGUACAUAACCAACGCAUUGAAAGACUUUGGAGAGAUGUUUGGUGCGCAGUGACAGUCAACUAUCACUCUGCACUUCAACAUCUCUCCAGUGCAGGUGGUCUCAAUCCUGACAAUGAACUUGAUAUCAUUUGUCUUCAUUAUGUAAUGCUUCCAAGAAUCAACAUGCAUCUUCAGCUCUUCAAGCAAGCAUGGGAUCGGCAUCCAAUUUCCACCGAGCAUGGGAGGUCACCACAGCAGUUGUGGAUAGAAGGGCAGUUACAGAACAGCAAUCAAAUUUGUGACCCACUGUUUGAGCAGACAUAUUUGGAGGAGCACAGCAUUGACUGGGAGGGACCAGUACCAGUGGAUGGUGAUGACAUUAUUGAAGUUCCCCCGCCACCUGAAAAUCUGCACAGUGCAGUUUUCCAGUUUCUUCAAGAAAGAGUGGAUCCACUUGGCAAUAGCACUUGCUUUGGAAUUGACAUUUUCUUAGAGGCACUAAGGUUUCUAGUUCUGGAUGUCCAGUUCUGGAGUGCUGGUUUGUACAGGAGACUGGUCAUAGAGGAGGUUUCUCAGUACCGAUGA